UAACAGCACCAUCUCGUGACUGCUUUUUUCCAAGUUCGACUUUGACGAAGUAUUUGUUGAUUGUUAGGUAUAUUAUUGUGAAUUAUGUUAGAAGAUUGACCCUAUUUCAUGAAAAUUACCUUCAAUUUACGAUUUUAGACUACUUCACGCCACACUGAAAAAAUGGCCAGCCGUUUCAAGAAAGUGAGCCGCAUUGGCCGUGGUACUUUUGGGGAGGCAUGGUUAGUCACAAGCACUUGCUCUGGUCGUCGGUAUGUCAUAAAAGAGGUACAGGUUGACGAGAUGUCAGAGGAAGAAUUGGAAAAGACGCGAACUGAAGCGACAAUUUUGGCUCGGUGUAAACACAGCAGUAUUAUUCGGUAUAAAGAGUACUUCAUGUUACAGGACCCUGCUACGAUGUGCUUAGUGAUGGAGUAUGCUGAUGGUGGAGAUUUAGCAGAGAAAGUGAAAGCAGCAAAACGAAAGGGCGAGACUCUAACUGAAAAUACCAUAUUGCACUGGUUUAUUCAAGUAAUCUUCGCCGUCCAAUAUCUUCACGCUAAUAACAUUUUACAUAGAGAUUUAAAGACGCAGAAUAUAUUUCUGACAAAGACGAAUCUUGUAAAGGUUGGAGAUUUUGGGAUUGCCAGGUUUUUAAGGGACAAGCAGGAUUUAGCCACAACUGCAAUUGGCACACCGUAUUAUCUUUCACCAGAAAUUUGUCAAAGACGACCAUAUAAUCACAAGUCCGACAUGUGGGCUGUAGGUUGCAUUUUGUAUGAGCUUUGUGCCUUGAGACAUCCAUUUGAUGCAGAGAAUUUUGAAGAUCUUGUUGUCAAGAUAUUACGAGGAGCAUAUAGACCACUUCCUGGAUCAUUUUCCAGUCUCAUAAAGGACUUGAUCAGUGUGAUGCUUCGGACCAAUCCUGAAAGACGACCUACAGCAGAUGCACUGUUGAUGUUACCUGCUCUGAAACCAUAUGUAGAAAAUUAUCUGCAACAGGUAUCCCAAGACUUUUUGGUGUCUUUAUGA